AUGAACUAUAUCCGGUCCACCGUCAACACCCUGCGGGACCGGUACACGCCCGUCUCCCACGACUCUACCUUCCGGCAAACCGGCCAAGUGACGCCGGAGGAAUUCGUCGCGGCCGGCGACUACCUCGUCUACAAGUUUCCCACAUGGUCGUGGGGCGACGCCGACUCGGAGAACCGGCGGGUGAGCUAUCUGCCGCCGGGAAAGCAGUAUCUGGUCACGCGAAACGUCCCGUGCCAUCGAAGGCUCAACGACGACUUUGCUGGCGACGCGGGGCAUGAGGAGGCCCUCGUCAACGAUGGCGACGACUUCAAGACUGCCGGUCAUGGAUCCGCCGACGACGACGGGUGGCUGCGAACCGGGGGCCUGGCUAGCUCCCAGUCCCUGAAGGCGAGACAUGUGCAGACGGUUGAUGAUGCAGGAAACGUGGCAUAUACAACGGGGUUUGAGGAGGAUGACAUUCCCGAUAUGGAGGACGAGGAUGACGAGGACGCAAUCAUUCCAGACACGGGCGCCGAAUCCAAAAACAGCGGACGACGAACAUACACUCUCUACAUCAUGUACUCGCCAUACUACCGCACUCCCCGUCUCUAUCUGUCAGGGUACCUCCCCAACGGCCAGCCGCUCCCCCCACAAAGCAUGAUGGACGACAUUGUCGGCGACUACAAGGACAAGACCGUCACCCUUGAAGAUUUUCCCUUUUUCGCCAACAACAUCAAGAUGGCCAGCGUCCAUCCGUGCAAACAUGCCUCCGUCAUGAAGACCUUGCUUGAUCGCGCGGACGCCGCUCUCCGCAUUCGCAGGGAUAAGCUGAGAGCCGGCAGAGCUCUGGGAAGCGACCCCGGCAUGAUGGGGCUGGAGGACGAAGUAGCAAAGUUGGAUGUCAAGAGCGCCCAGGAGGCGGCUGACAAGGACGAGUGGGAGGAGGUCAAAGGCGCCGAAAUUGACGAGCACGAGGUGGCCAUACGAGUGGAUCAGUAUUUGAUUGUCUUUCUCAAGUUCAUGGCCAGCGUCACGCCCGGUAUCGAGCACGACUUCACGAUGGGCGUUUGA